GUUCUCCCAAUACAGUGAAUCUAUAUUUUUUGAUAGACAAAAUAACAAGCAAAGUAAGCAGAGAAACUCUCCACUAACAUAGGAUUCAUAUACGAAUGGCGUGUGAGUGGAGUGUGUCAUGCAAAAUUUUGUCUACCAAAAAUAUUAGAUUCACUGUAGUUUGAGUCAGUCUUAAGUAAAGGUGAAAAAAUCGUAUUCUAUUUUAGAAAUAAGCGCAAACCAAAUUGGAUGGAUGAUGGCCUCAUGCGUUUCAAAGGAUUCGUAAGAUAAAUCCCAUGUACUUAAAUGCCUUGAUUUUUUUCAGCCAAUCAUAGUGCAUUUGUAAGUGGCUCAUCUAUGCUACCACGAACUGAACACAAACUUACAUCCAGUUUAGAAAGCAACGCGUGUUUGCGUUUACAUUUAGACACAAACACAAUUGAGGCACAAUUGUUGGUUAAAAAAAACAUCACAUUACAAACAUAUAGCGUUUCCAGAAUUGGACAAACUAAAAUCAAUUCUUUGAACUCAACACCUAUUUUGUUUCUGUUUUUCCUUAUUUUGAAAAUACGGUGACAAGACUUUCAAAAAUUAUGAAAUUGACUAUAGAAAGAUGCUUCAACAAGAAUUUACAUUUUAUAAUGCUGAGAUCAGAAAAAUUCUCAGUUUGGUUGAUAAUCAAGAUAAAAUUAUCUUACAUUUUGCGGAUACUGAUGAUGAGCUGAGCAAACUCGACUUUAAAACUGCAAAGGGUAAUCCUUCAGAUGACAACGGCUCCCCUCAAAAUCGUUAUCAAUUCAAACAAAUCUGUGCUUCAUUUGGAUUCAAUAUAUUUAUCAAGAUUUGGUGUAGGCGGUCAUAUGGCUGGUCGUACUGGAAAUACAUUGAAAACAAUUUAUGGCGAAAAUGUUGCAGUCGUUUGAGCGGAAGGAACACCAAGACGGGUGCAAACGGGCGAUGCAAAAUUCGUUAUGAUUUUCCAUACAUCAGCACUAUCAGUUACCAAUAAAAAAAACUUGGAGACGUUGAUGUUAUAGUGAAUGAAGGUCAAAAUCAAACGUGCUGUACUGCGGGAACUUCAUGUGAUCAUGAAUCCGGAGCCAUUUUGCAUAAAUUGAUGACACAAAAGAACGACAAACUUAUAAUAAACAAGCAGAAUAUCCCAAUCGCUUGGGUGAAGGGUAAAAGUACCAAACACCUUAGAAAUCACCAAGCCACCACUGGCCUACCUUUUGGCGAUGACAGGGCCAAAAGAAAACUUAUAAUGAAGA